GUUCCUUGAAAAAUGAAGACUUUGUGAAUAACGAAUUAAAGUUAUUUUCCAUUUAUUUUGGAGUUUUGAAAACUUUAAAGCUAUCAACAUGAUCCUAAUUCCAUAUAAAUGGAUCGAAAGGGUUCAAAUAUCCCCGAAAAAUUUGCGAUUAGGUGCUAUUUUAAUCAGCAUAUAUGAAAUCUUAAUUGCUCAUGUUGUAAUGUUUGUGAUGCUUUUGGGAUUGAUAAAUGCUGAGAAGGCUCAAAAACUUCUAUUAGAAGACAUAGAAGAUCAAAAAGAAAUGGAAGAUUAUUAUUAUUAUCCUGCGAUCAAUAAUCGUGGAGAAACUCUUGAUAUUAUCCAGCUUAAUUCAGCUACAAAAUUGGCAUCGGGUACAAUUUUUAAAUUAACUAUUGGAACUGUAAUCGCAACAAUUUAUUUGCUUGUUUGUUUGAGUCUCUUUACGGGUGUACUGAAAAAUCGUGCACAGUUAAUUGUUCCCUGGAUGAUAUUUGAUGUGAUUAUUUCGUUAGUAAUUAAUAGCAUACUGCUUAUUAUUGGUACGAGUAUGCUAUAUGAGCGCUUUGCAAUUAACAAUUGGCUUUAUUGGUCCUUUUGUGCAGUUUAUACAGUGAUUGAUUUGUGCGUUUGGGUUAUAGUAUUUCAAUACUACAGUAUUAUUAAGCAUAUGGCGAAGUUACGAGAAGAAGCAAUAAUUCCUGCUCCAAUUGUCACACCCUAUCCAUAUUAUCAAGAAAAUACUGUUGAAAGUAUUAAUGGCUUAAAGCAUACUUUAUGCAAUGUUGAGAAAGCUAACUAUGUUACAGCUUAAAUGAAGCACACAAUAUAGAAUUGAAAACUUUAAGCGUAAAAAAAUAUUUGCUUCUUGAAAUAGAAAGUUUGCUUCAAGUCCUUCAAUAUCAUUAUUUAGUUUGUACAAUUGGAAAGAGCAAAAACAAAUUUGAAAAUGCUAAAAUUUAAAAAGUUGAAAAAUAUUCUUGCAA